AUGCUUCAGAGCCGUGACUAUAACGGGAGAGGAGGGGCGUACGGUGGUAGAGGUGGCUACUAUGAAGGAUCAACAGUGGGGAAUUCGGUAGAUCAACGAUCAGGAGGUGCUGUAGCUGGGGGGUUUGGGGCAGCCGGAAUGGGAGCGGCUGGGGAGAUUGGGGGAGGGGAAAUGGGGGCAGGUGGCAAUCCCAGGUUACACCACGUGGACUCGCCAGGAGCGACAGCUGGCACGUUGGCACGGGGAGGAGAGGAUCGCUCGGAUGGAGAGCGGUUGGGGUUGGGCGGAAGGGGGGAAGGGGGCGGAAGGGGGGAAGGGGGUCCGGCAGCCCGGUGGGCACCAAUCAACGGCAGCUUCGUCCUCUCCUGGAUCCCUCCUUCCAAGUCUCGGCUCCAGACCAACAUCUCCCAACCGGAACUCUACCCGGUCCUCUUAGACGUGAUUCGUUACAACGAAGAGGCGCAACUCACCGCCGCUAAAGCGGGUCUGGAGCCUCCCAAGGCGUCCAGAGGGCCGGCUUGCCCGGUGUUUGAGUUUGGGUUCGAGCGGUUCCCUGGGAUUGGGUCGUGCUGGGAGGCAGGGAUCGCGGAUGAGAAGCGGGCGGCCACGCGGCCUCCUGUGAACUGCAAGGGCGUGGACCCGACGUGUAUCCAGAAGAAUGAUUUGCUGCCGCAUAACAAGUGGUCCGCUCAGGUCCUAGUUCUGCGCAACGUGUACAUAAACGUGGUGGGCCAGGUGUUCAACUCCACCCAUCUCUUCGACCACAACGCGUGUGCGGGCAGUCCCAACAUCACCGUGACGCUGCCCUUCCGCUACACCGCCAACCGCACACGCGUCACCCACUUCAAAGAGCUUGUCUCCCUCGUCGACUGGUUCGCCUGGUCCACGCGCGCCAUGCUGCUCGACCUCAUACCGCUCUUCAUCUCUCUGCACCGCAUUCUGCCGGCUAUGAGGGGCAUACCAGUGGCGGUGGGGCACAGGCGGCCGCAUGUGAGGAACGGAUUGGAGCAGCUGUGCUCGCUGGGGGCGGUGGACGUGCUGGGCGUGCAGGUGGACAAAAUGAACGUGCACGUGGUGAAGUCGAAAGACCUGUUCUUUGCAGAGAAACUUGUCAUUGGGAAGGGAAGACGGGAGGGGAUGGGAGGGUGUUUUGAGGUGCCUCAACAGGUGGUCAUUGAAAUGGUGGAUGGGCUGGGAGUGGUGGAUGGGCUGGGAGUGGUGGAUGUGCUGGGAGUGGUGGAUGUGCUGGGAGUGGUGGAUGUGCUGGGAGUGGUGGAUGUGCUGGGAGUGGUGGAUGUGCUGGGAGUGGUGGAUGGGCUGGGAGUGGUGGAUGGGCUGGGAGUGGUGGAUGGGCUGGGAGUGGUGGAUGGGCUGGGAGUGGUGGAUGGGCUGGGAGUGGUGGAUGGGCUGGGAGUGGUGGAUGGGCUGGGAGUGGUGGAUGGGCUGGGAGUGGAGGAUGGGCUGGGAGUGGAGGAUGGGCAGGGAGUGGUGGAUGGGCAGGGAGUGGAGGAUGGGCAGGGAGUGCAAGGGGACAGGAUGAGCCCACUGCACCAGCGGUGUGGGGAGCCCAGCCGCUCGCUUUGGCACUAUCUGCGAAUGAGACACUUGCUGCCGCCCAGGGGGCUGCCCAUCUUUAAUGCUGACUGGACGUCCAGGUUCAAGGGACCUGCCAGUGCCACCCCGGCCUACACACCACGCGCAUACGCGCCCGGCAGCAACUGGGUGGUGCUGCUGGGGUGGAAGGAGCAGCGCGCAUCCCUCCUGCAGAGCCUCAAGCUACACGAGCACCUCACCCGCCUCUUCCCCCCCGAGCGAGUCGUCAUCUACCGGGAAGGCUCCAUCUCCCUCCCCCGCCGAAAAGACCUGCUCAACCGCGCGCUCCUCAUGGUAUCAGUGCACGAUAAUAUCCUCGCCGAUAUUGUCUUCAUGCCGCCCGGAUCCGCCGUGCUGGAGAUUCGCCCCGUGGAGAAUCCGGAUGUGAUUUUCCACCAGCUGGCGGAUAUCUGCGAGAUCGAGUAUUAUUUGGCGUUUUGUGAGGGGGGGAAGGCGGUGGGGAGUGCGGCGGGCGGGUGGGCAGGGAAGCCCGUGGAAGGGAAUUUGGGCGCCAAGGACCCCAAGGGGGUGCAGAAAAUGUUGACGGAUAUUUCCAGGAAAGUGUUUGCUCGAGCAAAUGCAAUGAGACGGAAAGGAGGGUAG